AUGGCACCUAAACCGAUACCGAAUGAUAACCCGCAUCAUUACGAGUCAGACUUCCAACAAGGCCAAGUUUUUCUAGCCCAUAAUCUCCAACGGCGACUAGGUAAUCGACAGGUCCAGCUGCUCGCCAUCGGUGGAUCAAUCGGAACUGCGCUCUUUGUGAGCAUUGGCAAUGGCCUAGCUGCUGGCGGACCUGGUAGCUUGCUUGUUGCAUUUUCGCUCUAUUGCCUAGUACUCGCCUGUGUGAACAACUGUAUCUCGGAAAUGUCCGUCCUACACCCUGUUUCCGGUGGCUUCAUUCGCCUGGCUGCAAAAUGGGUCGACGAGGCUCUAGGGUUCAUGGUCGGAUGGACAUUCUUCUUCUAUGAGGCACUGAUGAUCCCCUUUGAGAUCACGGCAAUCAACCUCCUGCUUAGCUACUGGAGAGACGACAUCCCGCCAGCUGCUGUUUGCGUCGCAUGUAUUGUCCUCUACGCUAUCAUUAAUGUAUUGGCUGUGCAGUUGUUCGGCGAGGCAGAGUUUUGGCUCUCCGGCGGCAAAGUCAUACUAAUUAUUAUUCUGUUCAUGUUCACCUUCGUCACUAUGGUCGGUGGCAAUCCACAGCGCGAUGCCUACGGAUUUCGGUAUUGGAACCACCCCGGUGCGUUUGCAGAGUAUAGGUCUACUGGUAACCUGGGGCGAUUCGAGGGUUUCCUAUCCUGUCUGUGGUCCGCAGCCUUCACUAUAGUUGGCCCGGAAUACAUUUCCGUUGCCGCCGCCGAAACAAAACACCCCCGUGUUGUCUUAAAGAAGGCCUUCAAAACGGUCUACUUCCGCUUUGGUGCCUUCUUCGUCUUGGGCGCUUUGUGCGUAGGUAUACUAGUGCCCUGGAACGAUUCAACACUCCAGUCCAAUCUCACAGGUGAAAGCACUACCGGCGGCGCGGCUGGGUCUCCUUACAUCAUUGCUAUGGCCAAUCUGGGCGUACCAGUUCUCCCGCACGUUGUGAACGCACUGCUGAUUGUGACCGUGUUCUCCGCCGGCAACACCUUGACAUACUGUGCAACCCGGUCAAUCUACAGCUUAGCGCUUGACGGACACGCACCGAGUUUUAUUCGCAAGACAACAAAGAAUGGAGUUCCCAUCUACGCAUUCUUAUGUGUGAUACCUUUUCCUUUCUUGUCCUUUCUACAACUAUCCAACAGCUCCUCCAAUGUCUUGACAUGGCUGAUUUCUCUCGUUACCGCCGGCAUUCUGAUCGUCUAUGUCGUCAUAUGUAUCACCUAUAUCCAGUUUUAUCGGGCAUGUCAAGCGCAAGGUAUUAACCGUGCGUCAUUCCCUUAUGUUGGUUACUUCCAACCAUAUUGCGCCUAUAUCGGCCUUUUCGUUAUUUCACUAGUUUUGAUUUUUUACGGCUACCACGCAUUUGACCCUUGGAAUGUCGAGACAUUCUUCCAAAACUACACCAUGCAACUGGUUGCGCCGAUACUAUUUCUGGGAUGGAAACUGAUCCGCAGAAGUCGAUUCCUGAAGCCCAACGAGAUUGACUUGAUCUGGGAGCGACCGACUGUGGACAAUUAUGAAUCUCAAUUUACGAAUACUCCACCAGGUUUCUGGACUGAGAUGGGCUGGAUUGUGGGUAUUGGAAAGGGCGAGAAGGAGGACGAUGAGAAUCUUCAUGCAUAA